AUGAUUGUCCUCUCUGCCUCUACUGGAAGUUCCUUCUACUCCGAGAAAACUGACUAUGAUGGCAUUGUUUGCAGCUGUCUGGCUUCUGUCGAUACUUGCAUCGACGAGCUCAGGUUUGUCACUGACUUCUGUUAUCACAGAGCUUGGACCCAAGCUGUCCGAAUCAGCGACAAUUUCGGGAAUGCAAGCGCAUAUCCUCGCUGGAGUGAAUACGACGCUCCAUCGCCCGGGGUCAUCGUCAAUGUAGUCACAGAGCAAGACGUUGCAGUAACGACACAAUACUGCCUGCGCGAAAGCAUUCCCUUCCUGGCUCAAAAUGGCGCACAUGGCUGGGCAAGCACAUUCAACCUCACUCAGGACGGCAUUCUUAUCAACUUGCAUGGUCUGAAUUCGGUCACUUUUAACGACAACAAAAUUCAAGUCACCAUUGGCGGUGGUGCGCUCAUCUCGGAUGUCAUCACCGCGGCCUCUGCAAAUGGCGCGCUGGGCGCCAUCCUCGGUGGUAGCUAUGGAAAUUUGAUGGGCCUAUAUGGCUUUGGAGUUGAUAAUGUCGACGACGACAGCGAUCUCUUUUGGGCAUUCCGUGGAGCUGGCGCCAAUUUUGGCAUUGUUACAUCGGCGACGAUGAAAUCAUAUCCCGUUGCACCGUCAGGCCAACUUGCUUGGUACGGUGAAUUGAUUUAUACAGCAGACAAGGUUGAGGCCGUGGUGCAAGCGAUUGAUCGGCUCACACUGACGCCAAACAUGAAUAUCUUCCUGUAUUUUCUGACUUCGGGAGCACCGGACUAUACACCACUUUUUGUCAUCACUCCUUUCUAUUAUGGAACUGAGGCUGACGGCCGAGAAGCGUUUGCGUCUAUUCUACAACUUGGGCCAUCCAAUGACACAACAAGUGAAGGCAACUAUACCAACUGGAAUGACGGGGCCGCAGGCUUUUGUACCAAGGGUGGCUAUAAACCCGCAUACACCGUGGGACUCACCAGAAUGGUUGCCAGUGCGUGGAAGGAUGUGUGGGAUGAGUAUGUGACCUGGGUCUCACAGAAUGGAACGGGCGACAGCAUUGUGCUCAUGGAGGCAUACUCGUUGUUCACAGCGCGGUCUGUGGCGGCCAACUCUUCUUCGUACCCCUGGCGCGACGUGGUCAACUUCAAUGCCGUCCCCAUUCCGUGGUACUACGAAGAGAGUCUGCAAUCAGCGGCAUUGGCGUGGGGAGAGAAGUAUAUCAACUUUGCACAUGGUGAUGAGAGUCUGCCGAUCAUAUAUGGUGAUAGCCAUGAUCGACUAAGAAGGAUCAAAGCGGAGGCUGAUCCAGCCAAUGUUUUUGACCAAUAUUUUGAUAUUGGGGGGGAUUGA